AUGCUUGCACUUCCAUUGUUGGUGGUAUUACUAAUCAACUGUGCAACACAGACCAUGGCUGUCUCAUGUGACCCCACACAACUUGUUGCAUGCUUGAAUCCGAUUGUUAAAGGAACACCACCACCUUCAAGGUGUUGUAAAAAGCUCAAGGAACAGAAGCCUUGUCUGUGUCGAUACGUGAAGGACCCAAGUUUUGGCAAGUUUGUCAACUCCCCUAAUGCCAAGAAGCUAGUAAAUCUCGGCAUCUCGUCGGUUGAAGCUCGUUUCAGAUUAAAUCUUUCUCGGUACGAUUUCAGAUCCCCGACAUUCAUCUCCAACCCCGAACUUGACUUAGCCCUAUUUCGUCUUGCUUUCUGCCCCUUAAACAGGUACGAUUUCAGAUCCCCUGCAUUCACUUUGUUGACUUUCACAGAUUUAGGCAGCAAGUGGAUACUUUUGACUCCAAUUCCAAUAGUUGAAUUUUUACAGCCUCUAGUCGUACGUCACCUAAGUUUUGGCUUCCAAGGGCCUCUUGUGCUUUUUCAAGAACUCAUUUUCAUGUGAAGCUUUUUUGUUGUGCUCAAUUCCCUCAAAAGUCACAUCUGGUGGUAAUGUGGUAUUCCUGCUAGCCUCUCAUUUUUGGACAUAUGAAUUCACCAUUAUACCCUUGGAGCAUUGAACAAAGGAUCGGCCCUGCUUAUAAUUAACAGAUACAUCCUGAGGAAUUACAAGGUCAUGUACUUCACCCACUUUACGUGAAUGAUGCACCAGAACCAUAUUCACAUACCAUAUCUUAUUAAAUAAAUGGUCAUUGUGGCAGAAACUAUUACAGAAAAGGUCCCUACGACAGAAAGUUGUUAGAGAAAAGGUCCUUGUGGUAGAAAAUGUUGAAAUGAUCCCUGUGGGUUAGCUCAUACACAACAAGCAUUGAGCAAUUAUGUGAAGUUUGGAGAUCAAUCUAGUUUUGUUUUUUUCCUCAACAAAUAUUUAGUAUGAUAGUUUUAUCUUUUGAGUGUUACUAGAAUAACAUUUAGACUUAUUAAUAUUUUUUGAAGAC